GGAAAAAAGUACAAAAAAAAGCACCCAGAAUCAUGUGUCAGCGGCAAACUGAAGUGAGAAAGAGGGAGGGAGAGAGAGAGCAGAAGCUAGGCGAUAGAGGGAGAGAGAGAGAGAAAGAGAGAGAGCGAGACGAGAGCAGGCAGGCGAGAGUUGCAACGCGAGAGAGAGAGAGGGAGAGAGAGAGAGCGAAGGGGAAAGAGGAGGGGGGAUAAAGGGAGAGAGAGAGAGAGAGAGAGUCAGAGUGUGAGAGCCGUUCCUGCCCUCUGUCUCUACACACACACACAGCUCGCCUGUGAGUGCGUGUGUAUAUGUGUGUGUGAGCGCCUGUGUGUGUGCGCGUUUCUCCCUGUGCUCUCUCUCCCUCACACACACACGCACGCAGACGAGUGCACACAGCAAAAGGGGGUGAGCAAGUGAGCGACAGAGAGAGAGAGCGAGCAGGCAAGAGCGAGAGAGAGAGAGGCAGAGCGAGCAAGGGAGAGGGAGAGGGGAGAGAGAGAGAGAGAGAGAGAGAGAACACACAUCGCAGCCGAGAUGCAGCAGGAGGUUUUCCGAGGUUUGGGGGUUCUGCCAUGGUGUUCCAGGUGGAGCUAUGGCACCCCCAUCACGCCAGCUGCUACCCUCCGCCUGAACUGAACAAGCAGCAGCGACCGGCCUGCCACGCCCUGCCAUUGGACCACGCUGUCCACGCCGCCGUUCGCACCCGCCUGACUGGUCACGGUGGAGGAAGAGGCUCGCACUUCUGUCAGUUAUCGCCUUCCCGCGUCGGCACCAGGGCUGCUGAUUUCUCUGUCAUCACCACCACCCCGGGGACAGAGAGAGUGGCGGUGGUGGAGCCACCCUCCCUCCAGACCAGGUUGUCACCCGGCCUGCCGUCACACUACCCAGACGCGUCUCACGUGUCCCGGUGUGACCCCAGGGCUGCAGCAGGGCCUCAGUCGGAGGCGGCAGACUGCAUCCUCCCGGCUCCCGGCAUCCUCUCCUUCGUCUUGGAUCCGGGAGGCUUGAGGAAGAGAGCGGGGAGGAGGAGAUGAAAAGCAAAAAAGCGAAAGGGAACAGGAUGGGGGAGGCGGAGACGGGCAAAUGUCGGACGGAUGUCGGCCAAACCACAAAAAUAUCUCUGCGCUUUCCGCUCAGCGCGGGGCUGCCAGUGCCCACCGUGGCACAGAACCACUGCCCCGUCCCUCUCUCCCUCUCCCCCUCCCCGCCCCUGCUCCCCUCCUCCUCCUCCUCCGAGGCGGUGGUGGUGGCGGGGCACGAAACGGCCCGUGGCGAGGGUACAAGGAAAAUGGAUUCCCUCACGGACAAGCAGCUGCCCCGCUCGCCAAUAAAGCACGCCAACUUGCCAGCUGCUCCCUGCUCCUCUUCCUCCUUCUCCUCCUCCUCCUCCCCUUCCUCCUCCUCCUCUUCCUCCCCCAUUGAUCUCACUGCAUCAGUCAGGAAGGACUCUAAAUCCACUCCACCCUUCCCCGCAGCUGGCCCUGAUCCCCAUUUCCAGAGCCCCCCCCCUGGACCGGCAGCAGUGGCAGUGGCAGCGGCAGUGGCAGGGACGGGGUCGGGCUAUUCAGGGGAGGCCGCCUUCGGGGGGAGCCUCCUCCCGCAUGGCACCGACCCAGAGCACUUGACGACAGAGACAGCACAUAUCCUCUUCAAGCUGAGCACCAAGGCCUUUCAGGGCCAGGGGACCAGGGAGACAGACAGGAGGUCGGAGCACAGCGGCUCCAAAAGUAAACAAGUCAACGGGGACACCCCGCGGAGGGAGAGAGACCGGUCCGUUGAGCCCGCUCCUCUUCCUCCUCCCUCUCCCCCUCCUCCCUCCUCCUCUUCCCUCUCCCUGGGCCCCCCUUCUCCCCCUACUUCUCCGUCUGCUGCUGCUACCCCUCUGCCUGGCCACGCCUCCCCGGAGGAGGCGAAGCCCGAGCUCCUGUGCGGGGUGUGCCACCGCCUGUUCAGCACUGCCUCCUCCCUCACCGUCCACAUGAGGCUGCACCGCGGCAGCCGAGCGCUCAGCUGCCGCCACUGUGGCAAGGCCUUCAUCCACAACAAAAGACUGCAGUCCCACGAGGCCGUGUGCAAGCAGGCGCCCCUGCUGGCAGCGCUCCCCGUACAGCCCAAGCAGGAGCCCCUGGACGAGGGGGAGCAGUCAGGGGCAGGGGAGCCAGGAGGAGAAGGAGGAGAAGUAGGGGAGGGAGAGGUGUUGUUGGGGGAGCCACAAGUCGAGCCACCUGAGCUAGGUCUCGUGACCACGCCUGUCCGGCCUGGGAAGAAAGGACGGGGCUUGUUGGGGCGCCAUCGGGUCCCCUUUCCCCACGAGGAAGGGCUCCUGAACGAGGAUGAUCACUUCAUCAAGAUCGUGGACGGCAACAUCAUCUACUUUUGCACUGUAUGCGAGAGGUCCUACAUGACCCUGUCCAGCCUGAAGCGGCACUCCAACGUCCACUCCUGGCGCCGGAAGUACCCCUGCCACUUCUGCGACAAGGUCUUCGCCCUGGCCGAGUACCGCACCAAGCACGAGGUGUGGCACACGGGCGAGCGCCGCUACCAGUGCAUCUUCUGCUGGGAGGCCUUCCCCACCUACUACAACCUCAAGACACACCAGAAGGCCAUGCACGGCAUCAGCCCCAGCCUCAUCUGCAGCGAGAAGACGGCCAAUGGCGGCUACAAGCAGAAGGUGAACGCCCUCAAGCUGUACCGCCUGCUGCCGAUGCGCUCCCAGAAGAGGCCCUACAAGACCUACAGCCCCGCCAUGGCGGACGGCCUGCUGCUGCCCCCCGACCCCCUGUCCCUGGACUGCGCCCUCCCCACCGCCAUCGGUGCCGAGGAGCUGCAGGCCCUGCUGGCCGAUGCCCAUGCCACGGGCCUCAAGGCCGACCCAGAUGCUUUCCCCAUCAGCCUGAGUCUGGGUCAGGAUGAACUCAACAGGCUGGCGGCCGCCCAAGCAGGCAUGCCAGUGAGCGAGACUGAGAGAAAUAUGUCUGUACUGCUGGGGCCGGCUGGAGCCGAUGGCAUGGCUCCCACACUGCUCAAGGGGGACUGCAGCCCGACCGCAGCCGCUGCCUCCUCAGUCGUCACCUAUGGCCACACCAAGCCGUCCGUCAUUGUGCACGGGACAACGGUCUCGUCGUCUUCUGUAAUUGUCCAUAGUAAUCAGAUUUCGGCUGGUGGAACACAAAGUCCUCCGCCAAACCAUUCCUCCUCCUCCCCCUCCGUCUCCUCCUCCUCCCCUCAGCCUAGUGGGAAGGCAGGGGGGAAACCUUCUCACCGCUCAUCAAAGAAACGCGGACGGAAAGAGUACACAGAUAUUCCUAAGGACACAGACAAUGCCUCCGAUUCCACGGCCGUCUCUGAGAGCCAAAAGUCAGGGACGACGAAAGGUCACCACAAAGCGCGCAAGUCACACAGCAAAAGUGACGGUCACUCGAGUAGGUCAUCGAGUCAUGACGCUACGUCCGAGACCAAGGGCAGCGGGCCGGUGUGCCAGAUCACCGUGCGCAUCGGGGAGGAGGCCAUUGUCAAACGGAGCAUCUCAGAAACAGAUCUCAUGAGGGACAAAGACCUGUCGGCCUGCAAAGCCAAAAAGGGCAACAACGAUGCUUCCACAGCUGAGGAGCAGAGGGAGAGGGAGGCCCGCCACAGUCAUCAUCAUCAUCAUCGCCACAAACACCGCCCCCAUCGCAGCUCCAGCAAGGAGGAGGCGGAAGGAGAACCCCGUAAGAAAACCCCCAAAACACAAACCAAGGUGAGGGAGUACUACUUCCGCCAGGAGGUGCGGGAGGAGCAGAGUGAUCAGGAAGGACAGGAUAACCUCUGGCGGCCGUACUACUCCUACAAGCCCAAGCGCAAAGCACCACACGUGCAAAAGGUUAAAAACUGGCAACGUAAGCAACACCACAAACGGUCUCUCAGACGCCUGCAGAAAGGCGAGACACACACAAAUCACACAGACAAUCGCACAGAGGAGGAUGAGGGGGAGGGAGAUGGGGAGAGGGAGGAGGAGGGGGAGGAGGAGAUGGAGGUGGAGGAGGGGCCAGGGGACGAUGGGGUGGAAACAGAAGAGCAGGCACUGAAGACAGAGGAGGAGGACAGUGACAUCACAAACCAGGAAGCAGAGAGUGUUGUAAAUGACAGAGACACACCCUCUGCUCCUUUGAAAGACACUGUGGAGGAAGAACAGCACCAGCCCACACCUGUUGACUCCCCUGUUUCCAACACAAGCCCUGUGGUGGAUACUUCAAAGCCACCCACCGCAGACAGACAGGAGCCGCUCAGCUGGUCCGUGGGAGGCCAAGCGGCGGAGUGUGGCACCUGUGGCCGGUGGUUCUCCAGCGUGAGGAAGCGUGACAAGCACGAGCUGACGCAUCUGAUCGAGUUUGUGUGCAUGCUGUGCCGAGCCUCGUUUCACUCCCAGUCCAGGCUGGAGGAGCACCAGAGGACCCAGCACCCCAAGCCGAGUCCCAAGGCCAUACCUGUCAUGCCUGUUCUUCCCACAACAGACAGAGCUGAGGCCAUGGAGACAGACGCCAGUAACACUGACCAGGCGGUGGGGGACAUAACUGCUGAGGAUAGGGACGCUGCUGCGGUGGUAGCUCGACUGGCUAGGAGACAAUUUUUCAGGAACGUCUGCUCGCAGUGUAACAAGGUGUGCAAGACGGCCACGGCGCUCAGUCGCCACAUGCGAAGGCACGAGCUGAGCAGCCCCGCUGUGGCGGCGGAGGCUCAACCGAGCACGCCCAGUAGUAGCGCCAGCAGCCCAAAGCUGUCGGCGGCGGCGGCGGCCAGGAGCCAGUCGGCAAGCGAGCCGCAAGAGACCAGCGGCGCCCACCACCACAUGCAGCCGGUGCCAGUCAUUAACUACACAGCAUUAACCACGCCACGAGACCACCAGGAGAAGCAGGUGUUGGCUGAAUGUGUUAAGCCGCCGAGUCUGAGCCAACCGUGUGGUGAAGCCGGAGCCGAGAGCCAAAUGGGGCUGUCCCCUGGCGUCCCGGAGGCUGCGCCCGUCGACAGAAGUACACCUCGGGUACAAAGCCCGCAGCGGAGCGUACAAACAAGCCCCCCUCUGAGUCCGCCGUGUACGAACACAACACUCACAUCAUCAGACAUCAGCCUUGCCAGCUCCACGGCAGAUGGCCAUAGGUUUCUACCACCGCCGCCGCCGCCGUCUAAUCUGCACAGUGUGUUAGUGCUAAACGAACCAGAGUGCUUGGAUUACAGAACACCUGAAAAGAAAAGCCAGGACGCCCUCGAACAGAGGCAAAGCCAUCCUGUACAGAGACCAAACAGUUUGUACGCCGCCUUGCCAGAGAGGCUCCAGGCAAAAGCUGAUAGCAGUGCUUUAAGUAUACCCCUGACGACAGAGCCCAACCGGCUGGCAAACGUAGAGUGCGAGAGCUCCUUAGAGACGGAGACACAGGGUAACAGGGGGCCCCUUGUGCUUUAUGCUGAUCCACACGAGGCCCAGGAUCUCAGGGUGCCUCCCUUGUCUUGCAGUCCUUGCGACAACGAAGCACAGGACCUCUCCAUGCCCACCAUUCUGGCCAGGGAGAGGGAGAGAGAGAGAGAACGAGAGAGGGAGAGGGAGCGAGACAGAGAAAGAGAAAGGGAGAGGGAGCGAGAAAGAGAAAGGGACAGGGAGAGGGAGAGGGAGAGGGAGAGAGUGCAACAGACUGCUGCUGCGCUGUCCAACUUCCAAAACGAACAACAGCACAGAGAACAGGACAUGACUCUGCUGGUGCCCAAAGAGGAGCCAGUGAGCCCGGCGCCGUCUCCAAAGCGCUCCGUUAUUCAAACCACUACGACAAGCAACACACUGCAGCAGAGGCACUCCAAGUCGCCCCGCCACUCCCCCUGCUCUGCAGACCUGGCACGGGCCAAGCAGGAGGCGGCCCACCAGCAGCAGCAUCAGCAGCAGCAGCAUCAGCAGUCACGUCGCCUCGGCCGGCAGGGCCUCAUGCUGCCAACCAGCUCCACGGUGGGCGGUGGCAGUGACCGCCCCUCCGCCCACGCUCUCCUGCUCCCCAGGGUGUCUGAGGCGAAGCGGGAGAACGCUCCCUCAGGCGCCCACGGGGCAGAGGCCCAGAGGGGGGAGAGCAACAGAGCCGGCGGGGGCGGCUAUCCUACCGUCCAAGACUUCCCCUUGCCCCUGAUCAUGCCCGCCGGGGGCUAUCGCUCGGGGAAGAAGCAGCAGCAGCAGCAGGAGGAGAACCUCCUCAUGUCGUACCCCGCCGGCCCUCUGCCCUUCGCCGCCGCCCUGGGCAAGAUGGUGUCCCCCGGGGACCUGGCCAAGCUGCCCCUCUACCGUGACCCCUACCCCCUGCUGUGCGCCCCGCAGCUGCUCGCCUACCCGUACAAUCUCGCCACGCUGCCCAUGGCCCUGAACAUGAUGGGGGCGGGGUCCGGGGACAAGGGGGCAGAGUCGCCCCUGCCCUUCCUGCCCGCUCUAUUCAACUACGCCGCCCCAUACGCGGGCAUCUCCCCGCACACCUUGAUGGCCCACCCCAGCCUCUACGGGGCGGGCAGCGGCAGUGGCAAGAAGAGGGACAGUGCCAACCCAUAGGAGAACGUUCCAGAGCCCGCAAGGAAUAUAUAUAAAAAAAAAAUCAAAAACAGAAGACCAAGGCCUUUUGGCAGAGGACAUUACUUGUUUUGUUUUUAUUUUUUGUUGUCUGUUUUUUUUGUUGCUAUUUUGUUGCUCUUUGGUAAAAACUAACAGCACUUGACAGUCCUUGCCGCUCUUUUUUUUGUAAAAGUAGUCGAGACCUAGGCAAUUGUAGAGUCAGUGGGUAAAGGGACAAAUAGGUCUUCUUUCGGAGGGGGCGGUGAAACGUGAAGAGAGGAAGGGGGGUUAUGAGUAGGGGGGGGGUAUACAGUUUGCUCUCCCUCCACUUCCUCUUUCUCUCCUCCUGGUCAGAUGUGCCUGCUGCACACCACUCCUUUAGUCACAUCUCUCUGUAGAAAACUGUAGAGCUCGAUAUGUUUGUCUUCUCUGACUCCUUCUGUUAAUAACUACGAUUAAAAAAAAAGAAAUAAUAACAGCUAACAGGGUGUGUUUUGCAAACGUUUAGUUCAGUAUGCUUCCCACUGUAGCCGAAUAAUAAUGAUAAUAUUGAUAUACUGCAUAAUAAUGAUGAUAAUAACAAUAAUAAUAAAUAAUGAUGGUCAUUAUAUGUCACCUCAAAUGGUGGAUAAGAGUUUUACAAAAGGAAAGGGAUGAGCUGGUUAUGUCUUGCAGCGCUAAUGGGGUCAGACGUUAGAACGAUGGUGAGAGGAUGUGACUGUACUUUCGUGUGUGUGAGUGAGUGAGUGAGUGAGUGUGUAUGUGAGUGUACAAAAUGUGUGUGCAUGCCUGCACACUGAUGAGUGGCUGCCUGUGUGUACUGAUUUUGCACGUACCAGUCUGGUGUGUGCCUAUUCACAUAUGUGGCUAUUCUCAGCUUAUGUAGGUCUUGAUCCAUUCCAUAAAGGUCUGAGGUAUGUACUAUAUGCGAUGAGCGCCAAGUAAGUCAUUCCUAUUUUAGGUGGGUUUGCCUCUUGUAGUUUUUUAAAAGUGUCUAUUGUAUUAUUAGAUGGAUCCCUUCCACUGUCAGACUGAAACAAAAGCAGCUGAGUGGUGAAAACAAGUCUGUGCCUGAUUGUCAAUUACUGAUGCCUCUAAAAAAAAAUACUAACGAUCACCUCAGUGGCUGGGGGACCCAGAUCUAUGAUGAUGACCGAGGCCUUUUUAUUCAACACAAUAAUCUGGAUCAAUCAAUCCGUUCUUAUUAUUACUCAUAUAGGGUUACAGGAAUCCACAGCUUCAGGACAUUACGUCUUGAAGCUAGUACACAAGUAUAGUUUACGUCUUGAAACUGGUACAUCAAGUUCUCUCUCUCUCUCUCUCUCUCUCCCUCCCUCCCUUUCUCUCUUAGUAUUCAUCUCAUUUCUGAGGGUUUUUACCAAAAUAAACACAUAGCCUAAACACAGUGUCGACCUUAUAGUUAUAGUGGCCUUUCGUACCCCAGCUCCUCCUGGUGUCCAACCAAAGACACUCGUUUUUUUUAUUUUUUUUAUUUUUAACUCGGCUGCGUCUGAUAGCAUUCAAGGCAGUGGAAAAUGAGAGAAAAGAAAGGAAUAUUUAGAACAAGAAACCUUGGCUUAAAGGUACCUGACAUAGGUUUUAACUGUGACAAUUUCACUGAAUAAAGUAAGUCAUAUAGGAAAAUCUGACAGCACAGAUGGAUUGCUUUCCCCUCCUGUUUGUUGAGAGCAAUCGAGGAAUGCCCCUUUAUUAAGUCUAACCUGACCCACUCUGCAGGUGGCAAAGGCAGAGGAGAGGAGGGUGUUCUAGAGGAUUCUAGAGCCAUGGGCCAGGCUGUGCCUCCAUUAGCCGUUAGCUGGCUAGCUAGCUAGCUAGAAACGGCAGCUAUAGCUCCUCUGCUCUCUCUCUCUCUUUCUGUGGCGCAGCAGAGGGGACAACAGGAAUGACGUCAGUGGAUCCUCACACUGUCUCACGUAGGGGUUGGGCUAAACUAGAGUCCAUUGUACUGGAGUUCCCCCAUAGAUGCCUGCUGGGAGUGAUUUUUUUCUUUUUUUGAUUUCUUUUUAUGUAUAUCUCUGUGAUUUUUAUACAAGGUCAUUUGUUUUGUUUGUUUGAUUUUUUUUAAAACCCCUUUCGGUAGACAGAGAAAGGAUUUCUCCGAAAAGGGUUUUUGAGUAUACAUUAAAAAAAAUGAUGAAUGUAAUUUUAGUCAUGGGAGUUGAUGAAGAACAUAAAGAGAAAAACACUAUGGUAGAUGGAACAGAAUCUGUUUUCUGACUUGAAAAAAAAUAUAAUAACAUGUAAUGAAACCGUUAUGAAGUCUUGGUAUAUAUAUAUACAGUAGUCUUAGCAAACAUGACGAGAAACUUGGGUUCAAUAUUCACACAACGCAUGAGUAAACACUUGUCCACAGCUACAUCUGUCCUCCUGUCAACACCGUCUCUCAGCUCUCCCUACUGGAACUUCACACUACUUCCUUAGUUUUGUUGUUGUUGUUUUUUAGAAAUGUUUUAUUCUUUACCUUAUCACUGAAUCAUUUUGUACCACUCCCCCCUUUACACCCCAACCCCCGACAACCAAGAUUUGUUCUGUUUUGUUUUAAAAAUGUAAUCUAAAUACCAAAAAAAAGAACAGCUGCCACUUUUUUGUUGUCUGAAUCAGUAUGGAAGCUGUCCAAAUCUCUUGUCCACUGUCCGGCACCCAUCUCCCCUCCUCCUCCAUAUCCCUCUAUUCCUCUGCUCCUCCCUCCAUCUAUCCGGCACCUCCACUUGUUCUCCACUCCCUCCGUACCGUGCCCCUCAGUCAUUUCCAAAACAUUUUGCUGCCUACCUUUGAAGUGUGUGAGUGCGUUUGAAAGCGAGUGAUGAAACCGCAACACUGUUCGUUUUCUGGAGGGUACAAAGCACAGCCUGACCAAUUGGAGAGGCCGACGUGGGUUUGAUUGGGUGUGGUUACAAGCCUUUUGUAUGUGUGUGUUUGUGUAGUGUGUGUGAGUGUGUGUGAAUGUGCAAAGAAUAAAAACCAAAACAAUCACCAUAUCCCUUUGGGGUCUGCCCUGUUUUUUUUGGUAGGUUCUGAUGUUUUGUUUUUUUCUUUGAAAAAGGUUUGCCUACCUCCCUCCAUUCUGUUAAUCUCCUAUUGAGAAAACAGCAAAACACACUAACAAACAAACAAACAACAAUAAAUGGUGUGGGGAAAGUUAUUUUGUAUGAUUAAAAAAAAUACAGGACAAACCAUUUCCAUCCCAUGUUUUCGCCACGUUGGAUUCACAAGUAUCUGAUGACUUGGAACCUGCCAGUUGGAGAAAAAGAAAACAAAUUUGAUUUUGUAAUAAGUCUGUGAUUUACGGAUGAUUCUUUUAGUAAGUCUUUUGUUUUGGCAAUGGAAUUUAUGUAUGACCCUGCGGAACGGAAGGCACACUGUGGUAACUUAAGGCAUCAAACAAGAGUGUUGUCUCCUUAAACUCUUCAAAGAGGUUGGCUUUAGUUAAGUGAGCGUGGCUAAGUUGUCUGGUUUUGUAUAAAUGUUCAUGUGAUAUACUGUGCCAUAGUUUUAGAAGCCUGCACUAAUAGGGGCUUUAAAGAGUAUGUGUUCUUUUCAUGACUUUGUGUUAUAUUAUUUAAUGCAAAGGCUUGUAGCCAAGAAAACACCCAAACAAGUCCACAACUUUAUUUUUUUAAUAUGACUUCUCUUGUUUGUCCCCCCCCCCUUCUUUAUCUCUCAUUCUGUCUCUCCCUCUCUUUUUCUCUCUUUGUCUCCAUGCUACAAUCAUAUGAAUAAAGUAUUAACCUGACGACCCAAGUGAACGCCAAAAUGCGUCUUUGUCCAGUAGCAUGUAGCCCACACAUAGUCUAAACAAGUGGUUAUUAAAGUGGGUUGAAUUGGAUGUUUGAACCUUUGAGGAGUACCAUCACAAAUAUGUGAUUAGAAUUUUGCCAACAUUUUGAGUUGUCAUUAUGAUGUCAUAAGGACUUGGCCAUUUUUUUUUAACACAGACCUCUAUGGGAGCUGUAGAGUGUUCCAGUAAAAUUCUAGAAGAACUGGGAAAAAGUCCUUACUCCUCAAAGGUUAAAGUGGGUUUAAUUUGAUGUUUGAACUGCAGUUUGCUUGCCUGGUUAACACCAGACCUAAUCACAAGUGAGAUUAGGUCUGGGGAGUUGCCUAUUGUAAAUUCCGUAUGGGGCCGGAAUACUUGGCUAUUAUGACACACUGCCCUGCUCUCUGAUUGGGCAGAGAAACUGUUAAGGUCGGAAUGCUUGGCCAUUAUGACACAGAUCCCAUGAUCUUGUACGUUAUGAGUCAUCCUCGCCAUACUGUCUUUCAGAUCGAAACGAUUGUGUAGAACUAAAGGCAGUAUGGGAGUUCCCAGGCUAGCAGUUUGCCAGUCUGUUACUGUUUAAAUUGAUUCUCAUUUCAUUCCAC